CCAAUCUCACCUCCCGGGCUCCCACCCCUCUUUCCCCAGGCACCUCACACAUAAAUUACGGCGGGGGGCGGAAGGCAGGCUUGGCUCCCCCUGCUCUGGGAAACUGCUGCCCCCUCCCUUGCCUCACACCGGGUUUUGCAGCAGUGGUGACAGCCGCCACUGAUUCCCGCACCGGGGAAGCGAUUGAUUCGUCUACUGCCAGCAGCCCCGGAGUUGCCUACGCGGACGACAGAAAGAAAGAGAAAGAGAGACAGAAAGGGAGAGGACAGAGAGAGAAAGAGAGAUUCAGAGAGUGAAAACCUUCAUCCAUGUGGAGGGCAGGCUGAGGGAGCCACUGUCUUUACCUCGACUGACUGGUCGGAGUUUUCUCCUCUUCUGGCAGUGGCACCUCCACUGAGCUUUCAAACCAAGUCAUCCAGAGUUAGCAUCUUCCCACCCAUCAGAGAAGAGAGGAGUUGGCAAGAAUUUGGCUCGCCCAUUCCCCCUGCAAUCCUCUGGUGUCUUGGAGUUCUGGGCUUCGGCCAUGACUGACACCGUGUUCAGCAGCAGCUCAAGCCGUUGGAUGUAUCCCAGUGACCGACCCCUGCAAUCAAAUGAUAAAGAACAGCUCCAGACAGGAUGGUCUGUCCACCCUAGUGGUCAGCCGGACAGACAGAGGAAACAGGAAGAGCUGACAGAUGAGGAGAAGGAAAUCAUCAACAGGGUGAUCGCUCGUGCUGAGAAGAUGGAAGAGAUGGAGCAGGAGCGAAUCGGGCGCCUGGUGGACCGCCUAGAGAACAUGAGGAAGAAUGUGGCCGGGGAUGGGGUGAACCGCUGCAUCCUGUGUGGAGAACAGCUGGGGAUGCUGGGCUCUGCCUGUGUGGUGUGUGAGGACUGUAAGAAGAAUGUCUGCACCAAGUGUGGGGUGGAGACCUCCAACAACCGCCCGCACCCUGUGUGGCUCUGCAAAAUCUGCAUCGAGCAGAGAGAGGUGUGGAAGCGCUCGGGAGCAUGGUUCUUCAAAGGCUUCCCCAAACAGGUCCUCCCACAGCCUAUGCCAAUAAAGAAGACCAAGCCCCAGCAGCCAGUCAGCGAGCCUGUGCCCAGUGUCCCUGAGCAGCCCACUCCUGAGCCCAAGCACCCUGCCCGGGCUCCUUCUCGAGGUGACGCUGAAGACAGGAGGGGCCCAGGUCAGAAGACAGGCCCUGACAUGACCUCUGCUCCUGGGCGAGGAAGCUAUGGGCCUCCUGUGCGCAGGGCCUCUGAGGCACGAAUGAGCUCCCCUGGCCGGGACUCAGACAGCUGGGACCAGAGCCAUGGCACAGCUGCUGGGGACCCCAGCCAGAGCCCAGCAGGUUUGAGACGGGCCAACUCAGUCCAGGCUUCUAGACCUGCCCCAGCCUCAAUGCAGAGCCCGACACCUCCCCAGCCUGGGCAACCAGGGCCCCCAGGAGGCAGCAGACCCAGUCCGGGGCCAACGGGACGCUUUCCAGAUCAGAGGCCAGAGGUGGCUCCCAGUGACCCUGACUAUCCAGGGGCUGCCGCCCCACCCCGGGAGGAGAGAACCGGGGGAGUCGGAGGCUACUCGGCAGCUGGAACCAGGGAGGACCGAGCGGGCCACCCCCCGGGCCCCUAUUCCCAAGCCUCUGCGGCUGCUCCCCAGCCAGUGGUGGCCCCGGCCCGUCAGCCCCCACCCCCUGAGGAGGACGAGGAGGAAGCCAACAGCUACGAUUCAGAUGAAGCAACCACCCUGGGUGCCCUGGAGUUCAGCCUUCUCUAUGACCAGGACAACAGCUCCCUGCACUGCACCAUCAUAAAGGCCAAGGGACUGAAGCCCAUGGAUUCGAACGGCUUGGCCGAUCCCUACGUUAAGCUGCACCUCCUGCCGGGAGCCAGCAAGUCCAACAAGCUUCGUACAAAAACCCUGCGGAACACCAGAAACCCCAUCUGGAAUGAAACUCUGGUCUACCAUGGCAUCACAGACGAGGACAUGCAGAGGAAGACCCUCAGAAUCUCUGUCUGUGAUGAGGACAAAUUCGGCCAUAAUGAGUUUAUUGGUGAGACCAGAUUCUCCCUCAAGAAACUGAAGCCCAAUCAGAGGAAGAACUUCAACAUCUGUCUGGAGCGGGUGAUCCCGAUGAAGCGUGCUGGAACCACCGGGUCAGCCCGAGGCAUGGCCCUCUAUGAGGAGGAGCAGGUGGAGCGUAUUGGUGACAUAGAGGAACGUGGCAAGAUCCUGGUGUCCCUCAUGUACAGCACACAGCAGGGAGGCCUCAUCGUGGGCAUCAUACGCUGCGUGCACCUGGCGGCCAUGGAUGCCAAUGGCUACUCAGAUCCAUUUGUCAAGCUCUGGCUGAAACCAGACAUGGGAAAGAAAGCCAAACACAAGACUCAAAUUAAGAAGAAAACCUUGAAUCCUGAAUUUAAUGAGGAAUUUUUCUAUGACAUCAAACACAGUGACCUGGCGAAGAAGUCACUGGACAUCUCAGUCUGGGACUAUGACAUCGGCAAAUCCAAUGAUUACAUUGGAGGCUGCCAGCUGGGGAUCUCAGCCAAGGGAGAGCGCUUAAAACACUGGUACGAGUGUCUGAAAAACAAGGACAAGAAGAUCGAACGCUGGCACCAGCUACAGAAUGAGAACCACGUGUCAAGUGAUUAGGAUGGCGCCCAGGUCCCCAACUCCAUGCCCGCACCUUGUGCCCCUCACCCCCACCCCCAGCCUGCCCCAGCUGCCCAUUGCAUUCUGAUCGCUCUUCUCAACACCUUCCCCACCCAUCCCUCCUGGAACCUGCCUUUGAGGUCUCUCCUGCACCGCGGACAUUGCCACCAAUAACCUCCGCUCUCCGCGAGGCUGCGAUGCGGGCUCUGAAUCCAGCCCGUCUCUGAUCCCUCCUGGAUGGAGCCGUAGGGAUGGGGAGAAUUUCACAAGGAGGUUGUUCAUUUAACAACCUCUCAGCCUGGGUGAAUUACAGAGGCUCUUCAUCAUUUAGGACUGUUUUUAGACCCUCCUGGCCUUGGACACACCUAACAUCCAUCCGCCUAUACCCUCAGCUGUCCCCAGAGCCAGACAAGGUCAUGAGGAUGAGCCCUGGGACAGAAAUGGAGCAUCCCAGCUCCCUCACCCCCCACCUCUUCACAUCAUACACUCAAUUGCCACAAAACAGACCCGUGUGUUUAAACUCUCCAGUGACUAGGAACACACUUCCCGUCUCUAGAUGCAUCAAGAAAUGACCAUGCAGAAUACCCCAAGGGACUGGGUAGCCCCCCUCUUUCAGAGUGUUCCCUAUUUGCUUCCUAGCAGAAACUAGCCCCGUUCUGUACCACCCCUCUCCCACUUCUCCUUCCUUUCGCCCAAUGCCACAUUCACCUCUUUCUUCCUCACCCCCUUAUCUCUUCUCUCCACCCCCACCUCUUGCCCCUUCUUUCCCCCUCUCUGUGGGGAUAGAAUAGCAAAAGCAAAAACGUAUCUCUUAACACAGGCUCACCUCCUCGCCUCCUCUCAGAAUGCUGAACCACCACGUAGGUAGGUCUGUGCUCCUGUAACCCCUUCUCCCCUGGCAGAGCCGGGUGGACUUGGCCCUCGGGCCGCUCGCUAGCACUGCCCCGGUGCAUGGCAGCCUCCAGCAAGCUGUGUAGACGCUCCGCGUAGAGGGCCUUUCUCGGCCCCUGGCCUCCCCAGGUGGGCGCAGAAGGUAUUCAAACCAGAGCCCUGGUUUCCAGGGGGCCUCUCCAUAGAAGCCGCCGGCUUUCUCCUUCCUUUGCUCUUAGUUAAAUGAACACGUGACCGGUUCCCCGCCCCCCCUCUGACUCUCUGACUCUCUUGUAUCCUACGUCUCACUCAGAAUCGCCUCUGGUCUCUCUGUCUCUCUCUGUCUCUUUAUCUCUUGCGCCCUGUUCAUUGUGUUGGGAGAGUAAAACAUCAUCGUGCACAUAAAAUGUUAGAAAGUGACAGAUCCUGACCCAAAGGCUUUUGUUCCAUCCUGGAUUGUUCAGUCUUUCUAAAAGUUAAAAAAAAAAAAAUUGUUUUAAAAGAGGAAAAGGCAAUGAGGCCAAACUUUAUAAGAUUUGAGGUCAGGUCAUCUCUAGUGCCCUGCAAGAAAGGUUUGAUUUUUUUCCCUCAAUUUCCAGUAAGUCUUCCUCCAUGAAAAUCACCCUGUUCUCUCCAAAACCCCACCAUUUUCUACAGAAGUAGCCAGAUGAACACUAAAACUCUCACUGUCUCCAAACGCACACCUGUUAGCCUUCCAUUUCAGGGCCUUCCACUCCUAGCUCCCUUGACAAGUCAUUGGAAGGCAUCGAUUUCUUGCCUUGAAUAACCAUUUUCUAGAUGCCAGGCACUUCACCUUCUCCACGAUGGCCAGCAGCUUCCUGGCUGCCAUCUUCCCCACUGACCCUCUCUCUCCCCAGGGGCCCCCUUGGUGCCCAUACUCAGCCCACCUCCUUCUCAUGGUUUGCCCUUAGGAGAAAGCGUGCUGGCUGUGUUGCCCAGGCCUAACGCUGGUAUUGGCGCUGGACUCAGCAUGCGGCUAGCUCACAGUGCCUCAGUCCAGGCGCGCCCCCUCCCUGACAGAUGUAAGUACCUUCCUGCCUAGAACACACACACACACACACACGCCCUCUGGUGCAUGCAGAACCACCCAUCGCCUUUCUUUGUGAUGAUGUAGCCAAAAAUAAAGUAGGAAUAUCCAGGAAAA